UUUAAGGUUCGAUUUCAUAAAAAAAUAGUCCGAUUCGAAGUUAAUUUCAUGAAAAUUUCGUUCGGUGCGUUCCGAAAGGAACGGUCCAUAUUGAUAUACCAAAUUUUUUUCCACACCAAAAAUUCUUGACUUUUAGCUAUUCAACUUUAGCAAAAAGUGAUUUUAAAUUUCAUUCGAGCGAGAUAAAAAAAACUACUCUGAAAAAUGGAAAACGUGCGUGAAAUUAUCGAUGGAAAUGCGGAAAACGCCGGUGAAAACGUUGAUAUCGAUGUGAAUAUGGAGAACGCGGGUGAAAAUGUACGCGAGCGUGGAAGUGUCGAAUUUCGCAUGCGAGCGAGUGCGUACGACAAUCGAAUACUCACAUUUGCAAUUGUAAACAAUGAGCAUAUUGAUAUUCGUGCUUUUUUGAGUGAUGCAUUUCAUAUCUAUGAAGGACAGCUAUCUUCGAUUACCGCACGUCAUGGUUACAUUAAGACGAUGAGUACAUUUGUAGCUGAAUUUGAGAAGAAAACCCAAACUGAGAAUGGAGAACUAACUGAAAAACAAACUUUGUAUUUGGCAACAUCGAAUGUAAUACUCUCUUCUCAUGUCGAUUUACAUGCGCAUUAUGAAGGGUAUAUUGAGGAUGAAGUCAUACAGAGUGUACACAAUGUUGAGCUUCGUGGUUCAGGUUUUAAACUCUCUCGCAUCAUCGAAUUGGACGUGAACGUUUGCCGUUACGAUCCGCUUCACGCAUCAUCGUACAUUGACUUACCAAAAUUUAUUAAAAACAAAGGCGCAAUUAUAAACGUGAAAAAUGAUGAUGAAAUGUGUUUUAAAUGGGCUAUAUUAUCGGCCUUACACCCAGCACAAGUAAAUGCGGAUAAAUUAUUUCAUUACUACAAAUAUUCAGAUGAUUUGAAUUUCAACGGAAUCGAUUUUCCAAUGCAUAUAAACCAAAUCGGUAAAUUCGAAAGGCAGAAUAGCGAAAAGGAAAUAUCUGUAAACGUUUAUUAUUACGAUUAUGAUAAAAAGCGCGUGUGCCCAUUGCGAAUGACUCCGACUGCUAAAAGAAACCAUGUGAAUCUAUUUCUAACAACCGACGAAAAAAGUGCUAGAGCUAAUGCCAAUGUCACCACAAGCAGAGCUAUCGUAGAGACACUCGAAAAUACUUCAAUUAAAUCACAUUAUUGCUGGAUUAAAAGCAUGAGUCGUUUACUCAGCCAACAACUCACUAAACAUGAUGGAAAGAAAUAUAUCUGCAAUCAAUGUUUAAUAUAUUACGACACUCAGGAAAAAUUGGGUGCACAUUGGGAACAAUGUAAAAAUGUUGGUAGUGGAUGCAGCAUCGAAAUGCCUGCGGCUAAUGAGAAAUGGAUGGAAUUCAUAAAUCAUAAACAUAAGUUGAAGGCUCCAUUCGUUAUAUAUGCCGACACAGAGUCCUACCUCAAAGAACUUAGUGCAGACGAGCGGAACAGUGUGUUUAGCGAGGAGUGUAAGACCACUGCAAAGCAGCAACAUUUAAUGUUCAGCGUUGGAUAUUAUGUUAAAUGUCACUUUGAUGAUUCGCAUUCAUUCUUUCGUAGCAGCAAUACCACAAUCGAUGUCAUUAGAAAUGGUGAAGAUGUAGUUGAAUGGUUCAUCAAAGAAUUAGAAGAAGUUGUUCAAGAGGUGGCAAGACUUCUCAGCAAUAACAUGCAAAUGAAACCGCUGACUCUCGUCGAGGAGAAUGCAUUCAACGCUUGGAAUGCGGUAUGUCAUGUUUGUGAGCAACCAUUUGCAGCAGGUGAAAAACGUAUACGCGAUCACUGCCAUAUCACGGGUUAUUACCGCGGACCAUCGCAUAACGAAUGCAAUUUGAGGUUUAUAGACACUCGCACCAUUCCGGUAAUAAUGCAUAACUUAUCGGGAUAUGAUUCGCAUUUGUUCAUUACAAAACUCGCAUCGGAUGAGAUUAUGACGGGUGAUAUCUCUGUAAUUCCAGUUAAUGCAGAACAAUACAUUUCAUUCACCAAAGCAGUUUCGGAAAGUACGCGCGGUAUAUGUACAAAAGAGAAUAUAAAAUUGACAUUCAUCGAUUCAUGCCGCUUUAUGCCAGCAACAUUAUCUGAAUUAGCAUCACUGCUGCCGAUCGAUAAAAAACUCAUUAUGAAAAAAGAAUGCGAACUGGAUGGAUACUCGGCCGAACAAGUGGAUAUGCUCCAACGAAAAGGAGUAUUUCCAUAUGAAUAUGUGGACAGCAUCGGGCGACUAAAGGAAACGAUUCUACCACCGAAAGAAGCAUUCUACAGCCAACUCAACAAGGAAGAAAUUUCCGACGAUGAGUAUGAAUUUGCAUGCAAAAUGUGGGAAAAAUUCGAUUGUAAAACAUUAGCCGAGUAUUCAGAUUUAUAUUUGAAAACCGACGUUUUGCUGUUGGCCGAUGUAUUUGAGAAUUUUCGACAAACUUGCUUUCAAAUCUACGGUUUGGAUCCGGCUCACUACUAUACGGCACCUGGUCUAUCGUGGGAUGCCAUGCUUAAAUACACCCGAGUGAAAAUCGAACUGUUGACCGAUCCUGAUAUGCUGCUGUUUGUCGAGCGUGGUAUUCGCGGUGGUAUCAGUCAAUGUAGCAAACGCUAUGCCAAAGCCAACAAUAAAUAUAUGAGCGAUGAAUACAAACCAGAUGAAGAUUCAAUCUACUUGAUGUACUUGGAUGCAAAUAACUUGUACGGACACGCAAUGUCACAAUCAUUACCAAUCAGUAAUUUCCAAUGGGUACAAACGAACCGCAUAAAAAAACUUUAUUCGAAAGCUGAGAAUAUAAUGAAAAUACAUGAUGACGAUGAAAAUGGGUUUAUUUUCGAAGUGGAUUUGGAAUAUCCGGAAAAUUUACAUAAUGCACAUAAUGAUUUUCCAUUUUGCUGUGAAAAGCAAACAUUACCGCGCGAAGCCGUCGAUAUCAAUGAGGUUAAAGUGAAUAAAAUUGAAAAACUCUUGCUCACACUAAGCCAAAAAAAGAACUAUGUCAUACAUUACCGCAUGUUAAAAUUAGCUUUGAGACAUGGGUUGGUCUUGAAAAAAGUCCAUCGCAUUCUGAGUUUCAAGCAAAGCAAAUGGUUAAAGCCAUACAUUGACAUCAAUACGCGGUUGCGAACACGGGCUACAAAUGAUUUCGAAAAAACUUUCUUUAAAUACAUGAUCAAUUCAGUCUUUGGCAAAACGAUGGAGAAUUUACGUCUUCGUACAGACAUCAAAGUGGUCAAUAAAUGGGGGGACAGAUGUGGUGCUGGCCUAUUGAUUGCACGACCCAAUUUCAAAAAGUGUAAAAUAUUCUCUGAUACUGUAGUUGCAAUUGAAUUGCAAAAAACGCACAUCAAAAUGAUCAAACCGAUUAUAAUAGGAAUGUCCAUUUUGGACAUUUCAAAAAUUACUAUGUACAGUUUUCUGUAUGAUUUCCUUAAGCCGAAAUAUGCUGAAAAUUGUAACGUUUGUUAUACAGAUACUGAUUCAUUCGUUUUAUCUGUUAAAACGGAUGAUUUCUAUGCCGAUAUGAAGGCGAACAUUGAACGCUUUGACACAAGCGACUAUCCAAACGAUAAUGUUUACGACAUGCCAACAGUCAAUAAAAAAGUACCCGGUCUAUUCAAAGAUGAAUUGAACGGUGAAAUUUUGGCUGAAUUCGUGGGUUUACGCGCAAAGUGCUAUGCAGCAUUGCCACUUUCGACAAAAUUAAAUAAAUGUAAAUGUCCAAAAAAGAGUGUAGUUCAUCGUCGGGCUACAGAAAGCGAUUACAUCGAUUGCACUGCAGUGAAUUGUGAGCUCAACAAAAAGACCAAAUUGAUCAAAAAGUCCAAAGGUAUUAAGAAGAAUAUCGUAAAACGGGAAAUUACCUUCAGCGAUUACAUUGAUUGCAUUGAAAAGAAUUGCGAUUACGGUGGACAGAAUGCAAGCGGUCCUUGUACUAUUGUUCGGAAACAAAAUACCAUUCGAUCGAAAAUGCAUAAUGUGUACACUAUUCAACAGGAGAAAAUUGCACUCAACCCAGCUGACGAUAAACGCUACCUACUCCGACCCAAUCGCAUCGAAACACUUGCAUGGGGACAUUUUAUGAUAAAUAAAUUUGAAGAAAAUAAUCGAAAUAAGCCAUAAUUUUAUUAUGAGUUGUUAAGAAAUUUACCUUUUCCUCCUUUACAUACCUUCAAAUCGAACCUUUUCCCUUUUUUUAAAUCGAUCAGCAAAUCGAACUUAUUUUCAUGAAAUCGAACCUCAAAUCAAACCAUUUUUUAAAUAGAACCUCAAAAUCAAAUCCUUUUUUUUCAUGAAUUCGAGCUAUUAUAUGAUCGAAAUGAA